AUGUCGACAACAACUCCCGAGUAUGACUAUGAUAUCUACGAUUCUCGGAGCGGCGUGGCCAUAGCCGCCGUGUCGGCAUGCCUCAGCGUCGCCUUCACUGCAGUCGCUUUGCGAGUAUACACACGAGCUGUCAUGAUCCGGCAGUUCGGUGCUGAUGAUUGGGCUGCCGUUGUGGCCUAUCUUCUUGCUUUGGCUAGCGGCCUGUUCGUGGCAACAAAUGUGAUGUUUGGGCACGGAAAGCACUUGGCUUACGUGAUUCAGGAGGGAAUCCCGUUGUGGAAGUACUUUAGGCAUUUUUAUAUUUCGAUUGUGCUGUAUAACGGCUCAUUGACGGCCACUAAACUCACCUUCCUGCUUCAGUAUUAUCGAAUCUUGGGCGGGACGGGUCGCAUGCGGAAGGCUGUUAUCGUUGCUUUUGUCAUCGUGGGUCUGUGGUCAGUCUCUCAGCUUCUUGUCGUCAUCUUCACCUGCUCGCCCAUCGAAAAGUUCUGGAAUUCGGAUCUCCCGGGGACCUGCAUCCCUAACCUGCCUUUCUGGUAUAUCAACGCGGCUGGCAACAUCGUUACCGAUAUCAUCGUCUUCCUUUUGCCACUGCCAUCGCUCACCCGCCUCAACCUGCGCAAAGGGCAGAAACUUGGUUUGAUUGGUGUCUUCUCUCUCGGUUUCUUCACUUGCGCCAUUUCCGUCAUUCGCAUCCAAUAUCUGAAGCUCAGUACUGAUGUGACCUGGGACAACGUCCCGUCAUCUUGCUGGUCCAUUGGCGAGCUCUGCUCCGGUAUCACCUGUGCUUGCUUGCCGACUCUUCGCCCCUUGCUAGCUAAGGUGAUUCCUGGCAUGUCAAUCCAUAGCCAGAGCAGCCAGCAAAAGUACUACCGUCGGUCGACUGGCCGUGACUUCUCGAAUGCCAGUCGGCUCAAGAGCACAGACGAGAACGGCAGCAGCCGCGGCAUCAUGUAUCCUGAAGAUUUGGAGAUGCAGAGUGACAAUGGCUCCGACAAAGAGAUCCGUAUUGCUGUCAAUCGCCAAGAUGGUAGCAGCAAUUUCAACAAGGACUCCUCGAGGUCUCUCGACAAGCUGCGGCUAGGACUGAACACUACUGUUAAGACCGAGAUAAAGGUUGGCACACCCACGCACGGGGCGUGGUCUCAGGAUGGUUACCCUAGGGGUAUUGAGGUCAAGAGGGAUUUCAUCACGACCACUCGGGAGUCUUAA